AUGAAGCAUGAACAACUAAUCAAGAAGCAAAUCAAUGAACUGCCUAAGCGGAUACGCCGUGAACGGCUUUCGAGUUUGAAUCGACACAUGUGCAACCUGCACUAUGGCGUUAAUGCGGAUGUUGUUUGCGAUAUCAUGGAACUGAUCAUGAGAGAGGUUGAAUAUCACCCGCGCUGGUUUAAAUUGUUCCCUCACUUGACAAAACCGCUUGAUAGACUCAUUUUGAACAAAGUGAGUGCCAUUGGCGGCAUGUGGAUUGAGUGGCCUGACAAGCCUGUUAUCCCCGAUCUCUGGUCCUACCAGGAGAACAAGUGUCAUGCAUGUAUGGUGGCUCGUGUGGCAAGUAAUAAAAACGCGUCGCGCAAUAUGCGUGUUUCUCUGCUGUCUCGAACUCCAACCCGCAAGCGUCAUCAGCCGCGCAGGCUUAUGAAGUUUGUGGAUAUGUGCAUUGACCAAUUCCCUGAGUAUAUUGACGAGCUGUAUGGCACUUCUAGCCAGUUUGCAUAUAUCCUGAAAGACACUCGCAAGAAGUGCAUCAAGGCCUGGUACAAUGAUCCCGCCAACGAAGGUAAGAGAAGCCGACGACACAGGCACGGUAGUGGUCAUCCUAAGAGAUCAGAUAGUAAGUAUGACCCAAGAAAGGUCUCUGCCCAAGCACCGCCAGACAUUGCAUCGCGUCACCCCUCUCAGCAGGCCGAGUCUGAUUUGGGCGGACCGCCUUCAUGGAUUCUACGUGCUGGAUCAGAAAUUGAAGAGCACAGCAUGCAUCGAGAAAGUUCGAUCCGGGCGAAUGAUUCUAUUUCUUCACGUCAGAGGGAAGACUCUGUUGCUUACAGACAUACCUCACGCUCGCUCCAUGGGACCAAAGGUUAUGAGGCUGGUCGUCACCAUUCUCGAUCUUAUGGACAAAGCAUCAAGGGCCAUAAGCACAGCACAAGGGAGCACUGCAGAAGUGACUCAUCGCCAGCACCGAGCUCUGCCAUUCGACCUCCAGAUGAAGUAGAUAAGCUCAUUGCCAUGUAUCGAAACAUGGGAAUGGAUCCCUACAAAAGGAGGGCAGAGGGAUUGGCGACAUACCACAAUGAUCAUCAGGCUUCCAGUUCGGUUGAAGUGCCGCUGACCCAUCAGUACACCGCAUCGGAGUAUACUCCCUCAGUCUAUUCCGUGGAAAGCGAGUGGAUCGAUGACGAAGUCAUAGACUGGGAUGCUCAUGAGAAGCAAAUGUCAAAGGCCGAGUCUGAGGCCAUGACCGUCUGGUCUAUGGUGUGUGGCGAGGCGAAUAGGAGCUGA